AUGACCCGCCGGGACUCUCCCUCCGGCCCGGCCACCGCUGACUCCGACCUCUUCUGGCCCUUCGGUAAACUCAACAACAUUGACGCUGAUGAUAUCCGUGAAACAGCCUACGAGGUCUUCUUCACUGCCUGCAGAUCCUCUCCAGGUUUUGGGGGAAGGAACGCGAUAAAUUUUUAUUCUUCGAAUGAUCAUAGUAAUGGAGAAGGUGGAAUCGGGUCAAGUUUAGGGUCGCCAAGCGCUGGGGGUCGCAUUAAUGGGGUGGUUCAGAUGACGCCUACGAGUAGGAUAAAGCGGGCUUUGGGGUUGAAGAUGCUGAGGAGGUCGCCGUCGAGGAGAAUGUCUCCCGUUGGAGGUGGAAACACGGGGCCGACCUCACCAGGAAAUGGACAUGGACAUGGGCAUGGGCAUGGAUUCGAGAGGACUAGCCCUGCAAAUGGGCACAACACGGCUCCACCACCGGCGAGACCGAGGCGGCCGUUGACGUCGGCGGAGAUCAUGAGGCAACAGAUGAAGGUGACGGAGCAGAGUGAUAAUAGGCUGAGGAAAACUCUCAUGAGAACCCUCGUUGGCCAAAUGGGUAGACGAGCGGAGACGAUAAUACUGCCAUUGGAGCUGAUUCGUCAUCUGAAACCAUCAGAAUUCAAUGACUCUAACGAGUACCAUUUUUGGCAAAGGCGGCUGCUGAAAAUUCUAGAAGCCGGACUCCUCCUUCAUCCCUCAGUUGCACUUGACAAAUCAAACUCAUUCGCCACGCGCCUCCGUGAGAUUGUCCGCACCAGUGAAACCAAACCGAUAGACACCGGCAAAAACUCUGACACAAUGAGAAAGCUAUGCAACACUGUAGUUUCCUUGUCCUGGAGAAGCCCUAACGGAACUCCGACUGACGUCUGUCACUGGGCUGACGGCUACCCGCUCAAUGUCCACCUUUACAUUUCUCUUCUUCAAUCCAUAUUCGAUACAAGAGACGAGACAUUGGUUCUUGACGAGGUGGACGAGCUUCUGGAGCUUAUAAAGAAGACAUGGUCGACAUUGGGGAUCAACAGACAGAUUCAUAAUCUGUGUUUCACAUGGGUUUUGUUUAAGCAAUACGUUAUGACUGCAUUAUCGGAGCCGGAUCUUCUUUGUGCCGCGCAUACGAUGCUGGCGGAAUUGGCGAAUGAUGCUAAGAAGUCUGAUAGAGAGGCGCUGUAUGUGAAGAUGUUGUCUUCAAUGUUGGGGUCAAUGCAAGGGUGGGCGGAGAAGAGACUGCUGAGCUAUCAUGAUUAUUUCUAUAGAGGAACAGUUAGUCAAAUUGACAACCUUUUGCCUCUGGCUUUGUUGGCAUCGAACAUUAUGGGAGAAGAUGUUACACUCACUGAUGGAGUAGGUAAAGAGAAAGGAGACACAAAGGUUGUGAUGGAUUCGACUGCGAAUCGCGUUGAUCACUAUAUCCGAUCCUCGGUGAAAAAUGCUUUUACGAAGAUUAUUGAGAAUGGGAAUAUGACAGCAGAUGUAGAUGGGAAAGAGAUGGGGGCAACAGAAGCUCUACUUCAGUUGGCAAAAGAGACGGAGGAUUUGGCAUUGAGAGAGAGGGAAAGUUUUAGUCCUGUGUUUAAGAAAUGGCUCUGCAUUGCAGCUGGGGUUGCGGCUGUGACACUUCACCAAUGCUAUGGAGCCGUUUUGAAACAAUAUUUAGCUAGAAUGGGGACACUAAAAAACGAGACGGUUAGGGUGUUGCAGAGGGCUGGAAAGCUUGAAAAAGUUUUGGUUCAAAUGGUGGUUGAAGAUAGUGCUGACUGUGAAGAUGGAGGCAAAGGCAUUGUCAGAGAAAUGAUCCCGUACGAAGUCGAUUCGAUCAUUUUAAGGCUCUUGAGAAAAUGGAUUGAUGAGAGGAUAGCUAGAGGAAAAGAAUGUUAUCUCAGAGCAAAAGAUUCAGAAACAUGGAAUCCCAAGUCGAAAUCAGAGCCAUAUGCGCAGUCGGCUGUGGAACUAAUGAAAAUGGCAGAGGAAAUUGUUGAUGAUUUCUUUGAUAUACCAAUAGGAAUUACAGAUGAUUUGGUUUAUGAUCUUGCAGAUGGUUUACAGCUGCUCUUUAGAGAAUACACUACCUUUGUUGCAUCAUGUGGAGCAAGACAGAGCUAUUUGCCCACGCUCCCUCCUCUUACACGAUGCAACCGAGAUUCAAAGUUCACCAAACUUUGGAAAAAGGCUAGCCCUUGUGCGGUUACUGUAGAUGAUACAAGUCAAGUUCAAGGAACAAAUGAAGGUCUCCAUCCACGCCCAUCAACAAGCCGAGGAACACAACGCCUUUAUAUUCGUCUCAACACCUUGCAUUAUCUUCUCUCCCAUAUCCAGUCCCUUGAAAAAACACUAACCCUUUCUCCAAGAGUUGUUCCUUCACCGCAUAGUCGUUACGCUAACCAGAGGCGCCAUAGUAGCUCUUCAUACUUUGAACAUGCAACAAAUGCUAUUCAAUCAGCCUCCCAACAUGUAUCAGAAGUUGCAGCAUAUCGCCUCAUCUUCCUCGACUCAAACUCUGUCUUCUACGAAAGUCUCUACCUUUAUGAUGUUGAGAAUGCAAGAAUUAGGCCUGCAUUGCGCACUCUGAAACAAAAUCUCACUCUUUUGAGUGCAAUUCUCAAUGACCGAGCACAGGCGUUAGCCAUAAAAGAAGUUAUGAGGGCGGCCUUUGAAGCGUACCUUAUGGUUUUGCUUGCAGGGGGAUCCUCGCGGGUGUUUUACCGGACUGAUAAUGAGAUGAUUACAGAGGAUUUUGACAGUUUGAAGAAGGUAUUUUGUACAUGUGGAGAAGGAUUGAUAUCUGAAGAUGUGGUGGACCGAGAGGCGGAGACAGUUGAAGGGGUGGUAGCAUUGAUGGGUCAGCAAACUGAACAACUAAUAGAAGAUUUUAGCAUUCUUUCCUGUGAAACAAGUGGUAUAGGAGUUGUGGGUACAGGGGCCAAGCUACCAAUGCCACCAACAACAGGAAGGUGGAAUCGAUCGGAUCCAAACACAAUACUCAGAAUAUUGUGCCACAGAAAUGAUCGAGCUGCAAAUCAGUUCUUAAAGAAGUCGUUCCAGUUAGCGAAAAGGAGAUGAAGAUGAUCCUUUCUUAUAUAUUUCAAAUAGAGGGAUUAUAUACUUAUUGUGCAUUCUAGUACAGACUUUUAAUCAUGUUACCGGAAAUGGAACUAGAUGAAUAUAAUAUAGGCAGCACAUUGUAUCAAAAUUCUGUUGACUCAAAUUCUAUAUGAACAUGUUACUGGGGGUUGAGAGACCAUAAGGUAGAAUUUCCCAUCUUCAUUCUUCAUAGCUCUAGGCAUUAUUUAACUUAGUGCAAGUCUGGAAAUAUUUAAUCAAACAUACAGAACAUAAGAUGUUUAUAAAGUCAGGUUUUCUCUCUUUGUA